AUGGAGUCUGCCAUACACAAUGAAACCAGGCUGCAGGCAGUCGCGCCAGUAUUCCAGACCCUGUUUGGCACAUCCACCUCGGCCGUUUCCACCGUCUUGAGCUGCUUGGUUAUCUGGUGGUUUCUGUCAUCCAGAAACAAGAAGCCCGUGCCAAACAUCUAUGGCAACUACAACUUUGAAGCCCCCAUUGUCGGGUACAAGAAUGCCAUCCUUGGCCGCUGGCAGUUUUACCGCAACGGGCCGGCCCUCAUCCGCCAGGGCUACGCACAAUACCGGGACACCUUCUUCAAAGUGUCCGGCAACGACCUCCUCAUAGUCCCCAACAAAUACCUGGCUGAGCUCGCCAGCAUGCCCCCGGAGAAGCUGAGCCUCAACACGGCCAUUGUCGACGCGUUUCAGCGGCUCCACUCCAUCACGGCCGUCAUUACAGACCACAGCCUGCAAACCCGCAUGAUCACGACAAGGCUCACUCCCAAGCUCGGUGCCCAUGUGCCCCUGGUGCAGGAGCAGUUCCGAAAGCAUCUGCCCCAGGAGUUGCCCGCCACGGCCGACAAGUGGACAAGCGUCAACGCCCUGUCGCUGGCCCGUCGAAUGGUCCACCGAGGCGUGGCCACGCAGUUCGUCACCGAGCUAGCCGAGAAUGAAGAGUAUCUGUCGACGGCCAUCAACUACUCCGAGCAUGGCUUCAUGCACAACUUCCUCCUCCGCGUCUUCCCGGACUGGGCCAAGCCGACAGUCGCCUUCUUCCUGCCCACCAGCUGGGGCGUGGACAGGGCCCUGCGCAAGGCCAGGCGCCUAGUCAUUCCCCUCAUCCGCGAGCGGCGGCGACGUGAGGCCGAGGACGUCAGCUACGUCAAGCCCGAUGACUUCCUGCAGCACCUGAUGGACGGUGGCGUAGACAUCAAGGACGAUGUCAGCACGACCGUGCAGCGACUCAUGGUGACGUACCUAGGCUCUGGCCCCUCUACCAUCAUUGCGGUGGCACAAGUCCUGUUCGAUUUGUGUGCUCACCCUGAGUACGUGGAACCACUUCGACAGGAGGCCAUCGAGAUCCUGAGCAACGGAGGAUACACCAGACAGGCUAUUGCCGAUAUGAAGAAGAUGGACAGUUUCAUGCGAGAGUCCCAGCGCCUCAGUCCUCCCACGCAGCUCGGCUUCAAUGCCAUCGUUCGCGAGCCCGUGACCCUCCAUGAUGGCGUCGUCCUCCCCGAAGGCGCACACAUCCAGAUGGCGACUUAUGCAAUCGGCAUUGAUCCCGACCGAGUGCCCGACCCCGAGAAAUUCGACGGCAUGAGGCAGUACAAGAACAGGCAGAUAUCGGGUCAGGGCAACUGGCAUCAAUUCACGACCACGAGCGAAAACAAUCUGCAUUUUGGCCACGGCAAGAUUGUGUGCCCCGGACGCUUCUUUGCUGAUCAUUCCAUCAAGAUGAUCAUCUCCAACAUUCUCAUCAAGUAUCAUCUGCGCUUCGCUGGCGGGCGGACGGAGCGACCAUCGAAUACUAGCAUGUAUGACGUCGUGAUUCCGGACCUCAACACCUGCGUCGAGUUCAAGCUGCGGGAGGAUGCAGCGGAGUAUGCUUUCUAG